CAAGUCAUUUGAUGGAUGCUUUUAGACUACCUUGCGAAGCGAUGCCUCUUUGAGCAGCACAUGGCCUGUAUUCUGCUGACAAACAUGGACCCACCCACACCCAGUCCCACCACGCAUCCCAAUGGCCUCCCGCCCCCCGACCAGGACUCAGCCAGCGGACUCGACCCGAAGGAGGACGAAGUCUCCGCCUGCCUGAGCAUCCGUCUGUACUACCAGGCUAAGGAUGGAGGGGGAGGAGGCGGGCCCAGCGGCUCCGAGAACAUCCUGACGUAUUCACCUGGAGAUUACGUGGCGGAGGAGCUGUGCAUUGCUGCAGCCAAGGCAUGCGGAAUUGGUCCAGUGUACUGCAGCUUAUUCGGCCUGAUGAGGGAAAGCGACCGGAUAUGGUUUCCCCCAAGUCACAUCUUCAAAGUAGACCCAGCAGCCAACGAGAACCUGCACUUCAGGAUAAGAUACUACUUUCCUGGCUGGUACAGCAGCAGCAAGUCGUCCUGUGCUCAUCGCUACGGCUUGUCUAAAGGGAUGGAGAGCUCCGUGAUGGAUGACGGCAUCAUGGAGUACCAAUUUUCACAGUGGCGGAGCGACUUCCUGAACGGCUGGGUUCAUAUUCCCGUGAGCCACGAGUCCCAGGAGGAGUGGCUGGGGAUGGCUGUGCUGGACAUGAUGAGGCUGGCCAAGGAGGGCGGCCUGUCUACCGUGGACAUUUACAACGACACCAGCUACAAAUCCUUCCUGCCGAAGUGCAUGCGGAGCCGCAUUCAAGAAUACAACAUCCUGACUCGCAAGAGGAUCCGCUACCGCUUCAGGAGGUUCAUCCAGCAGUUCAACGACUGCAAGGCCACCGUCCGCAACCUGAAGCUCAAAUACCUGAUGAACCUGGAGAUGCUGCUGCCCGCGCUCUACUCCGAACGCUUUCACGUCACCGACCUCUCUGCGCAAGAGGUUACCAUCGUCGUCAUGGGCAACAAGGGCAUCCUGUGGUCUACAGGGAAAGAGGAGCCGGGAGAAGAGGAGGAGCUGAAGACGUACUGUGACUUCCCAGAAGUGAUUGACAUCAGCAUCAAACAGGGCAAUAAGGAGGGAUCGGCAGAGAGUCGCGUCGUUACACUCACCAGACAGGACAACCAGAUCCUGGAGUUGGAGUUUCACUCGCUGUCAGAGGCCCUAUCCUUCGCCUCGUUAGUCGACGGGUAUUACCGGCUGGUUGCCGACGCCCACCACUACCUGUGCAAAGAGAUCGCUUCGCCCAGGCUCAUGGAGUGCAUUCAGAGCUACUGCCACGGCCCGGUGUCGAUGGAGUUUACCAUCGGGAAACUACGUCGCUCUGGUAACCACCAAGGCCUGUAUAUACUCCGCUGCAGCCCCAGGGACUACAACAAAUACUUCAUGUCUUUUGUAGUCGGGUAUGAGACCAUGGUGGACUAUAAGCACUGUCAGAUCGUGAAGACGGAGGAGGGAAAGUUCAUUCUGAGUGGGGCCAAGAGGAGCUUCGGCUCACUCAGAGAACUUCUUCACUGCUACCAAAAGGAGGCGCUCCGCACCGACGGAUACACAUUUCAGCUGACCAGGUGUUGCCCACCGAGCCCCAGAGACAAGUCCAACCUGCUGGUGUGCAGAAACAACCAAGGGGCAGAGGUCCCGCUCUCCCCCUCACUCCACAAACACAACAUCAGCCAGAUGGUUUUCCACAAGAUCCGAAAGGAGGACCUGGUUAUUAAUGAAAGUCUGGGUCAGGGAACGUUCACCAAGAUCUUCUGCGGUGUGAGGAAGGAGCUGGGAGACUACGGAGAGAUCCACCAGAUGAACGUCGUCAUUAAGAUUCUGGAUAAGGCUCAUCGCAACUUUUCAGAGUCGUUCUUUGAAGCAGCCAGCAUGAUGAGCCAGCUCUCCCACAAACACCUCCUCCUCAACUAUGGGGUGUGUGUUUGUGGUGAUGAAAACAUGAUGGUGCAGGAGUACGGUAAAUUUGGCUCUCUGGACAUUUACCUGAAAAAGAACAAAAGCUGUGUAAACAUCACCUGGAAGCUGGAGGUGGCCAAGCAGCUCGCCUGGGCCAUGCACUACCUGGAGGAUAAGAACCUCAUUCAUGGAAAUGUCUGCGCCAAGAACGUGCUCCUCAUCAGGGAGGAGGACCGUAAAACGGGCAGUCUGCCCUUCAUCAAGCUCAGUGACCCUGGUAUCAGCGUCACCGUUCUGCCCCGAGAAGUUCUGGUGGAGCGCAUCCCCUGGGUGCCCCCCGAGUGCAUUGAAAACCCCCAGAAUCUGAGUUUAGCCACAGAUAAGUGGGGCUACGGGACCACCUUGUGGGAGAUCUGCAGCGGUGGAGACAAACCGCUCAGCACGCUGGACUGCUCAAAGAAGAACCUGUUCUAUGAGGACCGACACCAGCUGCCGGCUCCCAAAUGGACAGAGCUGGCCAAUCUGAUCAACAGCUGCAUGGACUACGAGCCGUCACACCGACCCUCCUUCAGAGCCGUGAUCAGAGAUCUCAACAGCCUGUUCACACCAGAUUACGAGCUGCUGGUGGAGAGCGACAUGGUGCCCAACAGGACACGAGGCGUCGGCUUCCCGUGGUCUUCAGAGAACCAGGAGCCCGCUCAGUUCGAGGAGAGGCAUCUCAUUUUCCUCAAGCAGCUGGGAAAAGGAAACUUUGGCAGCGUGGAGAUGUGCCGGUACGACCCCCUGCAGGACAGCACCGGCGAGGUGGUGGCGGUGAAGAAGCUCCAGCACAGCACGGCCGAGCACCUCCGGGACUUCGAGCGGGAAAUCGAGAUCCUCAAGUCUCUUCAGCACGAGAACAUCGUCAGAUACAAAGGAGUGUGCUACAGUGCCGGACGGAGGAAUCUGCGGCUGAUCAUGGAGUAUCUCCCAUUUGGCAGCCUGAGAGAUUAUCUCAUCAAAUACAAGGAUCGCUUCGACUCCAAGAAACUGCUGCACUACGCAUCACAGAUCUGCAAGGGUAUGGAUUAUCUGGCCACCAAGCGCUACAUCCACCGAGACCUCGCCACAAGGAACAUCCUGGUGGAGAGCGAGACGAGGGUGAAGAUUGGAGACUUCGGUCUGACUAAGGUUCUGCCGCAGGACAAAGAGUAUUACACAGUGAGGGAGCCCGGGGAGAGCCCCAUCUUCUGGUACGCUCCAGAGUCUCUGACAGAGAGCAAGUUCUCCGUGGCGUCAGAUGUUUGGAGUUUUGGUGUCGUCCUCUAUGAACUCUUCACUUACAGUGACAAGAGCUGCAGCCCCCCUGCGGUCUUUAUGGACAAAAUGGGAAAUGAAAAGCAGGGCCAGAUGAUUGUUUACCAUCUGAUUGACCUGCUGAAACAAGGAUACAGGCUGCCUGCUCCUGCUAACUGUCCUAAGGAGAUCCACAAGGUGAUGAUGGAGUGCUGGAGCAGCGACCCCAGACUGCGGCCCAUGUUCAAGACGUUGAUCCACAAUGUGGAGAUCGUCCGAGACAGCAAGGACGGAUGAGCAGCACCGAGAGUCAAACCUGACAAUGAAGUGUGUGGAUUGACCGCAGAGAGCUUGGAGUGGUGGUGAUAUUUGAACUCUGAGUGGUUCUCAUCAGCUGCAUCUGCCUCCAUCACCAAACUGAGUCCAUUUUAUUGCAUGAAUUGUGAAUGAAAGUGAUGAGACUCUGCUGUGGUUCAUUAGUGGAGGCCGGAGUCGCCUCCAGCUGCCUUUCAUGCGUUUCCAUUAUUUCAUCCAGUAACUGGUCAGUUGUGUUUCCCUGAACUGGGCUGAACAGCAGCAGCAGCAGCAGGUCACAGACUCACACCACAGUCAUCUGUUUAUGGAGGACGUCGGCGCUGGAAAUAAAGACACUGCCUUUGUGUGUAGACUCUCUAUGUUACGUGCCUGCAAUGCCUCAUGGGAAAAGUCAUUGGUUUUGUUGACUGAAGUGAAAAUGUGAUGAGGAGCGGUGCCUUCAGUUUCUGCAGAGCAUCUCUGCUGAUGAAAUCGGUGUUAUUUAAAAACGUGUGAACCUGCCAUUGUGUUAAACAUGAAGAUGGUGAAGAGCCUGUAAAUGUGCUGAAUACAUCCGUACGUCACACAACUGAUGGAUGUUUGCAAGGGAUUUUAUUUUCAGACAGGAUUAUUGAAGGGUUUUGUCUUCUAUCAGUCAUAAAGUUGUGUCCAGAACAUUGUUCCAUGUCCUCACAGCGUUACUGUCAAUGGGAGGAACGCUGUGGACCCUCAUCGUCCUGAUCUCAGCCCCAGAGAUCCUGUCUGGGAUUACAUGAGGAGACAAAAGGACGCGAGACAGACGCCAUUCACCAAGAUCUUGUGGCUGCAUCUCCAUAACACGUUUGUCCCUGUUGAGUCCUGAAGAGAAAAAAACUGUAAUAAUCUGAAAUGAAAUGGUCACACCAUAUUAUUGUUUUGCAAUUUGUUUAUGAGUAAAAUGAAGUUACAUAAACAACAAAAAAAAAAUCCUCCAGUUUUGAUACUUUUCUAAAA